AGGCGCCGGCACCCUGGAGGAGCGACGUCAUUUGGUCCGAGGCGGGCGACGGCGAGCUGGGCGACGGUGACGGCUCCUCGGUGCUCACGGCCUCUUUCAAAAACGUCCAACUCGACGGUCUCCACAAGGUCAAGUCCGACGCCGAGCGCGCCGCCCGUGUGGACGGCAUGCAGGAGUUCCGGUUGCUCUUCGUGGAGGCGUGCCGCUCGGAGGCGGCGCCUUGCCAGCAGCUGCCGCGGCAGAGCAAGGUCAUCUUGGAAGACUACGACCACCUGCACGAGGACACGGACCACGAGGAUCUUUACUCCUCCAUCAUCUGCCGCGGCAUUCUGCUCCGGACGAAGAACCUGCUCGCACAGCAGUUUGGCGUAGGCCGCCCGAGCCGGCGCCUGUGCGAGCUGGACGCGUCGGGGAAGCUGCACAUCGUGGGCGCCCACCUGCUGGACGCGCUGGUGGUGGAUGUGGCGGAGGAGGGGUCGCGGGCCGUCUGGGAGGUGCCGCAGACUGAGGGACUCGGCGGCCCUGUGGCGUGGAAGGUGAAGAACCCCCGCACCCGCGUGUGGGAGACGCUGCAGGUGGAGGACCGGGACCACGCCAGGAUGUGGGACGAGAGCCUGCACGACGCGGCGCUGGUGGGGGACGCCGCGCGGGACAGCGGCACUGCUUUUCACGGCUUCUUCUGGUGCGCGACGCAGUUGCCGCCGGAUAGCAGCUGCGGGCGGGAGGGGCAAAGCGGCGGCAGGGGCGGAUCCGGGGCGGGCGGGGGCGCGUGGCGCGUCCGCUGGCGCGCCCGCCUGCUGGUGCUCCGGAGGGACGGCCUGGUCGGGGCGGCCGGACUCGCACCAGGCCGGCUCGGAGAGGCCAGUGUUCGGCGCCGCGGGCGCCGAUUUCGCAGUGGAGAGGCUGAGCGUGACCAACCCGCUCCGCCCGAGCGACGUCGUCUUCCGCGUGCCCGCCACGGCCGCCCUGGAUGCCGGCGCGACGGCGUUGCCCAUGACCCCGAUGGGCGCCGACGAGGGCCCGUUGGGCUUCACGCUGUCGGCGCCCCAGGAGGUCGUGGAGGCGCUGUGCGCAGCCGCCCGCGGACUGACGCCGGACGCCCUUGCGCCCUGCAGGCUGUCCGGCGAGAGCCGUCGCCGCCGCGGGCUGUCCUUGCGGUCCGCCGCGGGCCUGGUCGGCCGCCUCGGCUUGCGCGGGACGCGCGCGCCCGCCGCGGCCUCGUCCGCGGCUUCGCCGUCGGCUUCGCCCUCGGGCUUCGCCGUCGGCUUCGCCCGCGCUCCGCCCGGCGGCCCACGACGCCGACGCCCUGACGCCCCGCAGGCCGCCCGCGUGAG